AUGGGUUACGAUUUAUCAUCAGUCCUGGCAAAUCCAACAAGCUUAAUGCAAUUAGUGGAAGCUGGAUUUAAAUUCCAACCAUCCCCUGAAGAAUUAAUAAGCAAUUAUUUGGUGCCGAAAUCCCGUGGUGAUCCUGUGAAAGGCGUGCCCAUGGCAGUGGUUAACCUUUGCAAGAAUGAACCUUGGGAACUACCUGAUAAAGCGAUUAUAAAGUUAGCAGAUCAAGAGUGGUAUUUCUUUUGCCCUCGCGAUCUUAAGUACAAGAACAGCAAACUUGCUAACAGAAAAACGAAGGCCGGGCACUGGAAGUCAACCUGCAAGAUAAAGCCAAUAAUGGCUGAGCAUACUAAGAAGAAGAUUGGGGUAAUGAAGACUCUGACUUUCUAUAAAACAGCUCUGCCCAAAGCUGUGAGGACUGAAUGGAUGAUAUAUGAAUUCGACCUCAUGGCCAGCCCUACCAUGUAUAAAAAGGGGCAAUACGUUAUCUGUAGAUUGGAGAACAAAUCAGAAGACGAGAAGACGAAGAGAGAUGAACAAAAUAACGAUAUGGCUUCAGUCUCUGAUUCUGAAGCUGAACCAAGUCAGAGUAUGGCUUCUGAUCAUGAAGAAAAAAACACAAGUGAGAUGACUCCUAUUUCAGCUUGUGAUGAAAGUGAAUUAAGCCACCAUGUGGCUUCUGAUCAUUUUGAAACUCAAAAGUCAAAUGAGCUGAUGACUAACUCAGCUCGCCAAGUUAGUGAAUUAAGCCACUGCAUGACUUCUGAUUUGAGAAAUCAGAACGCAAGUAAGCUAAUGUCUAAUUCAGCUUAUGAUGGAAGUGGGUCAAGCUACUCCGCGACUUGUAAUUCUGAAACCCAAUACUUGAAUCAGCCGACAGUUGAUUCAGCUUAUAAUGGAAGCAAAAGCCACUACAAGGCUUUUGAUUCUGAAACUCAAAUUUCAAACAAUAUGAUUACUGUGCCAACUGAUGAGGAUCAGUUGCUGGCAUAUGAGAAAUGGUUAAUGGCUUAUGAUUUGAAAAAUCAGGAAUUGCCCUUUCAACAUGAAGGUGAAAGCGGUCCUUCCGUGGUGAUGUCUUCAGAGUUUAUAAAAAAAUCAACUAGUGAUAGUGAAUCAAAUAGCCUAAAGGCUUUUGAUUUCAAAAGUCAAAAUCUGGAAAAGGAAAUCGAUAUAUCAGCCUUCGAUGAAGUUGAUUGGAGUUAUCUCACAGCAUCUCCUCCGGAUUUUGGGAAUCAAAAUCCUUCUGAUGUUGCGCUUCCAGAGGCAAGCCCUGAACUACUAGCAGCGCUGGAAGGUUUUUUUGACCAAGAAAACGGCCCCAACACUGCGCUUGAUCAGACUCUGUGCAUGGAGGAAAGCCACUCCUACAUGUGUUUUGAUACCUCUGCAUCCGCUUGA